CUCACACACACAUACGUAAACACACAAACAAAAGAGAAGAAGAUGCAGGUCUGGUCAUUCAGGGAACUUGUCGCCAGUUCUCUGAAGUGUUUCCUGGUAAUAGACAGCAGGCCGCAGUGUCUCAGCGUUACAAGAUACAAGCUGCUUCUACAAGCACAUGAGGACAGCAUUGAACGCUUCACGACACACAUGCACACACAACGUUUCACAUCAGCUUUGGUCUGACCUGAGUUCUUUCCAAAUGUGGCAGCUCCUGCUUUAAACCUUUGGCCUCACGUCUCAAACUGCAAAACCGUUGCAGACGCAUACAGCAUGAAAAGGGUUACCGAUUAUUGCAAGAUGCAGACAGGCCGUGCUGAACUGAAGGGGAAGCAAUAGCAUCAUGAAACAAAGCAGUCUCAUUUGCAUUUUCAAGGGAAGUUUCAAGGAGCUUGUAAUUAGAGAGUCGACCCUACGGGACAGUAGCACCGCUCCCUUGGCAUCCAUUCGCGUGUGGUCGCCUCGCGGCUCCCCCACGCUGUAAAUCACAUCGCAGCCACCGAUGCCAUCGCUCUCUGGUGUUCUGAGGAAACACUUGAGAUAACCAGCGCUCGUGUAGUGGCGGUACAUGUUGUAGUGCUGACCUCAGGAAGCCCAAUGGGGAGGGCAGGAAGCUGGUCCAGCGGAGGAGGAACACAUGUCCCAGUCCUCAGGACAUCACCCGGGCCCUGCAGAGCCCCAGCUCGGCCCCCAGCGUCAGCGCCGCCAGCCUGGAUGAGCUCAUACAGCGCUGCCUGAACUGCUUCGACUCGGAAGGGAAGCUCUCCAGCCCCAAAGGGACCCGGCAGGUCCAGAUGACCCUGAUGAUGCACAGUUGGGUCGUGCCGUCUCAGACAUUUGCUCAGAAACUUCUCGCCCUUUAUAACGAUUGUCCCCCGGACAAGAGGGGGCCAAAGCAGACACAGAUCUGCCAGCUAAUCAGGCAGUGGAUCAGCCAGUUCCCGGCGGUGUUCGAGGCAGACCCCCUCCUGGAGCAGACCAUGGGGGACCUGUGGGCGCUGGUCCGCUCAGACGGAGAGGAGACGCAGCUCAUCGACACCUCCUGCUUAGGCCCUCAUGGGAACAUAUUCCAGGCACCCUCGCCCUCUGUGAAGAAGAGGAAGGUGUCUUUGAUCUUCGACCACAUGGAGCCAGAUGAGAUGGCCGAGCACCUCAGCUACCUGGAGUUCAAGAACUUCUGUAACGUCUCAUUCCUGGACUACCGGAGCUACGUGGUGCGAGGCUCAGUGAGGGACAACCCGGCCCUGGAGCGCUCGGUCAUGAUGUGCAACGGAGUCUCCCAGUGGGUGCAGCUGAUGAUCCUCAGCAGACACACAGCCCAGCAGAGAGCCCAGGUCUUCACUAAGUUCAUCCACGUGGCUCAGAAACUCCGAACUCUGCAAAACUUUAACACUCUAAUGGCGGUGACCGGAGGCCUGUGUCACAGCUCCAUCUCCCGCCUCAAAGACACCUCUAACCUGCUGCCUCCUGACAUCACUAAGGCCCUGAGUGAGAUGACAGAGCUGCUCUCCUCGCGCAGCAACUACAUCAACUACCGGCGGGUUUACAACGUGUGCAGCGGCUUCAAGGUGCCCAUCCUGGGCGUCCACCUCAAGGACCUGAUCUCGCUGAACGAGGCGCUGCCGGACUACAUCAACGAGGACAAGAUCAACCUGAGCAAGCUGGAGCACCUGUACAGCAACAUCAGCGACCUGGUGGCCAUCCACAGCUGCAAGCCGCCCUUCGAGGCCAACAAAGACCUUCUGCAUCUGCUCACGCUCUCUCUAGAUUUAUACUACACCGAGGAUGAGAUCUACGAACUUUCGUACACCAAGGAGCCCAAGAACACCAAGAUCCAGCCCGUAGCUCCGGUUAAAGCGCCCGUAGUGGCGGAGUGGGGUUCAGGGGUCACGCCCAGGCUGGACCCCGACACCAUCUCUAAACACGUCAAGCAGAUGGUGGAUUCCGUAAUGAAGAACUACGAACAGAGCCAGGACGGUUACAUUCCACUGGAGGACUUUGAGAAAAUCGCAUCCAACUUCCCCUUCUCCUUCUGCACUCACGAAACUGACAGGGAGGGACAAAUCAGCCGUGAAGAAAUCACCUCUUACUUCAUGAGGGGAAUGUCUAUAUGCGCCAAGCUGGGCUUCAACUUCAACGCACACAACUUCCAUGAAACCACGUACAAACGGCCCACGUUCUGCGAGACGUGUGGAGGCUUUCUGUGGGGAGUCAUCAAACAGGGCUACCACUGUAAAGACUGUGGGAUAAACUGUCACAAGCACUGCAGAGAUCUGGUGGGAAUGGAGUGCUUGAAGAAACACAAGAACACGGCGGGGUCCUGCCCGUGCACCCCGGGCCCCAACUCGAGAAUCAAGGGUUCAGAGGAGGAGACCUUCGUAUUCGAGACCGAAAACAACCAGGACGUGUCGGACCGCUCCACUCAGACGGACCCUGGAGUGUGGACGCCGGAGAAGAAGGACAAGAAGGGAAACCACCACAACUCGCCAGUGCACGCAUCAGUGGACAGAAAGGUCAACACACUGACCCAGAGAAGCCGAGGCUGCUCCGUGCCCGUCUCCUUCCUGCAGGAGAAGAUGGAGGAGCUGCACCUGCACAAAGACAAGCGGCGAGAGCCGGACUGAGCGCUGCGACCGCCCACAUUUCGGCCCGUCAUGGACAAAGAGCCCCACAAGCCACCACGUUUCCGACAAAACUGGUGUUGAACUGAUGAGAUUUAGUGGCCGUUGGCACCGCAACACGCGUGUACAGUCUCCCUCGUGUAUCAAGUAUGAUUAUGACGUGUUAUUUUAUUUUUUGUCUGUGAGUUUUCGGCUCCAAGCAACUGUCCUGCUGUAAUUUAUGAACACCUCACUUCAGAACAGGUGCCUUUGUUCUCUGGUGCUACGACUCAUCGACUCAUCCUCAGUCCAUUAGGUCAUCUACGGCCACAGAAAUGGGAUCCUGGUUCUUUUACACACGACACACGCAGGGUGGGAAAUAAACACUAACCAUUGAGAUGGUCACUGUGGCAGCUAAUUGACAACUCUGCUCAUGAAUUUGAACAAUUUUAGAGUUUCUAUUUGUUUGGUGAUUUGUCAACCGGUAGGUACUCACCCACUCUGCUGGGUAUGAAGUAUCUAUUCCUUUGUCUCCGGUUACAACAGGCCAGGCAAUUUAGUAAAGCACUGAAAUCAUUUAUUACUGGCAAUAAUGGUUGUAUCAUGUGAUUAAGUAACAUGACAUUUCCAUCUGGUUCUGAAAAUGUGGCAUCACUUCAACAAAUGUCUAAAUUCAAUAUUAAUGAGCAAAUAUUGAGACUUUGGUCUCGUCACGCAGGACCAUGCAAAGUUUAAUCCAGGAUUACUAGGAACAUGUUCAUUUCCUGCCCUGUCAUCAUUUUAGCUUCUUGAAACGGUUCUUUUCAAGGUACAACAGGCCUGCACUGGAAUUAUACUUUGUUUUAUCUUUUGUCCACAAUGUAAAUUGUGUUGAAGAUACACCAGCAAUGAUAAACCAUUCAGUAUG